UGUAUUGUUUAUAAUGUCAUAGUUUUGUUAUUUAAAAAUAAAAAAAUAAAAUAAAAAACCCCAAAUGAUAAUAAUAGAAAUAAAUAAUCAUAAUGUUGAUUCUUGUAGACCUAAACGGAUAUGUUUUGUAAUUGUCUUUCCAACAAGAAUAACAAUGUGUAUUUAUGAACUGAUGUUUGACCAUGUCGCAUGGUGACAAGAUCCGCCAUCUUGAAACUAUACGCCAGUGCAUGACAGUUUGAAAGGUCCUAGGAAAAGAAAGGCCUGUCAGAACGAAGACAUGGGCUUUGUGGUUGAAGGCAGCAGCAAUUUUCAUUGGAUGCGCAUGCAUGUCCACACCACCUCCCCACAUCAACACUACCACCUAACGGCAUAAGCACAUACACGAACUAAAUACGAGCUUCACCGUAGGCCAUUCUUGAAAAUAUUUAGUUUACUGUAACCUUACAUAUAAGUUUAUUAGUUAGACGGUUGGUAUUUAUGAAAAUUUAUAUUUAAAAAAAAAGAAAGAAAAAAAGAAAAGAAAAAGAAAAAAAAGAGAAAUUACAUGUGUAUGAGUCAGAGGAUUAUAGCAAACAAUAUAUAUUUUUUAAGAUUCGCCCUACAAAAAAAACAAUGCAUCUUUAGCAUGUCAAGAAAGUAACCCUGUGUAAACAGAAGAGAACAGCAAUGUUUGACACCAUGUAAUGAAUAUGUUAGGGAGAGAUGAGAUGGACUCAUAGUAUCAACAGAAUGGUUGGCGCCUACAGGUCUGGAGGUUCGCUUACCAUAUCUUUCCUCCUAAAGUGAUCAAUAAUACUUGGAACUUAUUAUUUUUCUCUUUCAUGAUGGAAUCACAUUCAAAUUCGGACAGUAUUCGCAUGCAAGAUAGUUAUAAGAGAAACUGCCAGUCGUUAAAUGUUGGUAUUAUAAAUACUGCAUUUGAGUACGAUGGUGAAGUUCCUGCUCUUUUGAAUCCAAGGCAUCUGAAAAGUCUAAAACAUCAUGGUGGUCCUGUCAUGGAUGAUGAUGGCCAUGCCCUCAUCCUGGAUGAGAGAGUUGUGGUGGAGCGGCCCAUUUACAACCAGGUGGAGUUUGACCGCACCCACCCACACGAAGUGAUGAGGAGGCGGACCCCACGCUCCUGGAUGGUAAAAAAGCUCAAUAAGGUGCAUUGUUCUGGAAAAUGUUUCGGGAGCUUCCUGCUGGGGAUAUUCCCGUUCAUAGCCAUUAUGAAGAAGUACCGCAUUCGGCGAGAUCUUCCUGCAGACAUUGUAUCUGGUCUAACAGUGGGAAUAAUGCAUAUUCCGCAGGGUAUGGCAUAUGGCCACUUGACGAGUCUGCCGCCAGUGUACGGACUUUACGUCUCUUUCUUCCCAGUUUUGAUGUACUUCUUGUUUGGUACUUCAAAACACAUGUCUGUUGGAACAUUUGCUGUGGUGUGUCUCAUGAUCGGGACAGUAGUGGACAAGGGGGUGACAUCCCUGGGUAUCAUAAUACGAGAAGAACUAGACACUGACAACGGGACAAAUGUAGCGGAGAAUGUGACACUAGAAGGCUAUGAUCGGAACGACCCAUAUGUCAUAAGUACUCAACUGGGAUUUGCCAUGGCUGUUACGUUUGCUGUUGGCUGUCUGCAGCUGUUGAUGGGUUUCUUCCGGCUGGGGUUUGUAGCCGUAUACCUGUCGGAUCCUCUUGUGAGUGGCUUCACCACCGGGGCAGCCUGCCAUGUGUUCACGUCGCAGAUCAAACACAUCUUUGGCGUCAAAAUCGGCAGAUAUUACGGUCCACUAAAACUUAUAUAUUCAUAUCGUGAUUUCUUUACGAACAUUCCUUCAACCAACUCUGUGACCUUGAUAACUUCAAUAGUGUGCAUCGUGAUAAUUGUGGUUAUCAAGGAGGGCAUUAACAACAACCCCAAGUGUAAGGGCAGACUCAAGAUGCCAGUCCCUGUGGAACUCAUUGUGGUUGUUGUGGGGACUAUUAUAUCUCACUUUGUGCACUUAAAAGAGAAAUACAAAGUCAGUGUUGUUGGCCCUAUAUCUGUUGGGAUUCCUCCUCCAAAAAUGCAGCAGUUCACUUAUCUGAGUGAUGUUAUUUCUGAUGCCUUUGCGAUUGGGAUUGUUGCCUUUGCCAUAUCAGUAUCCAUGGCCAAGAUUCUAGCUAAGAAACACGACUACGACAUAGACCCAAACCAGGAGCUGUUUGCGUAUGGCAUUAGUAACGUAUUUUGUUCUUUUUUCUCAUCAUUUACUUCAUCAGCAUCUUUGUCAAGAAGUUUGGUUCAGGAGGGAGUUGGAGGUAAAACUCAGGUUGCUGGUCUGGUCUCAAGUUGUCUACUUCUAGUGGUGUUGCUAGUUAUAGGACCUUAUUUUGAAGCUCUUCCAAAUAGUGUUCUGGCUGCCAUUAUUAUUGUAGCGUUGAAGGGAAUGUUCAAGCAGUUCACUGAACUCAAGAGGCUGUGGCGGAUAUCCAUCAUAGAUUUUGCAAUCUGGUUGGUGACGUUUGUGGCUACGUUCAUGCUGGAUGUGGAUUUGGGUCUUCUCGUGGGUGUGAUCUUUGCCCUGUUAACUGUGAUAUACCAAUCUCAGAGACCAUAUGCGUGUGUGAUGGGACAAGUGCCUGGAACCGAUUUGUACAGAGAUGUCACAGUGUAUACAGCUGCCCAACAAAUCCAAGGAAUAAAGAUUUUCAGAUACGACUCAGCUUUGUUUUUUGCUAAUUCGGAACACUUUAAAAAUGCCAUCUAUAAGCUGACGGUAAAUCCUAAAAUACUGAAGAAGAAGAUAAAGAAGAGGGAAAAACGUCUAAAGAUGGACAAACAGAUGAAAGUGGAUGAACGAAAAGUGAAUGGCAACAACAAAAACACUGAUUUGCAACUGACCAUGGAUGACGCUGUAGUAGAUGACACUGUAGUAGAUGACUUGACGUCGGCUACAGAAGCUGUUGCCAGUGACUCCAUGGUGUCGACUAUUAAUGUGGAUGAUGGUGAAAUCCACUCCAUCAUCAUCGACUGCUCAACAAUAAGUUACGUCGACUCUGUCGGAGUUAAAACUCUGGGACAGAUUGUACAGGAGUACAACGCAGUCGACAUUCAGAUCUACCUGGCUCAGUGUAGAGGCAGGGUCAGAGCAAUGUUGGAGAAAACUGGAUACUUUAAAACAACAGAAGACCGAGAAGGGUUGUUUGUGACAAUCCACGACGCUGUUCUUUCUCUUCUGCAGACUCGGAGACUGAGAUCAAAAGGAGAUGAGGACCAUGAUAAGUCUGAUGAUAACAUCGAACUACCACUAGAUUCUGAAACUCAGGCAGAAAAAAGUGACGAAAAUAUAAAUGGAUUGGGGGCACCUCUUGCUGACAGUACAAGUCUAUGAGCAGGACUUCUCUUAUUAUGUAAUAUAAUAUUACAGCCACCAGGGAAGAAAAGACUGAUGUUUCACACAUCACGAAUAUUGUACGACUGAUUAACCCGGGAGAAUAACAGCCUUGUGAUGGAUCGGAGAUUUCGCCUUCAUGAUACAGUGUUUACCAUGUUUAUGUAUAGUUGUGUGUUCAUUGAUUGAAAGUAGGUUAAAAGGACAUUUACAGCCCCAUCUCUAUUCAGCAUUUGUAUAACAGAAACUGUAUCCUUCUGACAAAUUUUCCUUCAGAGAUGGCAUUAACUUGUCAAGGAGAAUGUAUCACUUGUCCUUGAGGAAUAUACUCAACCCUAACAUUUUUAUUUUUCUGGGGCAAUUAAAAUUUUAAAACAUACAUUUUGUGUGUGUGUGUGUGUGUGUGUGUGAGAGAGAGAGAGAGAGAGAGAGAGAGAGAG